AUGUCAGACAGCAAUGUUCCUGAAAUAAAGUACGAUGUUUUUGUCAGCUUCAGAGGCAAGGAAAUCCGUGACGGAUUUCUUAGCCAUCUGACUGAGGCAUUUGACAUGAAGAAAAUAAAUUGCUUUCUAGAUGAUAAACUUGAGAAGGGAGCAGAAAUAUGGCCAUCACUUGUAACAGCUAUUGAAAGAUCAGCCAUUUCGUUGAUCAUCUUCUCACCAGACUACGCUUCUUCUAAUUGGUGUUUAGAAGAAGUUCUGAAAAUAGUUGAAUGUAAAGAGAAAUAUGAACGGAUUGUAAUUCCGGUUUUCUACAAAGUGGCACCUACAGAUGUAAGACAUCAAUCUGGAAGUUACGAAAAUAGUUAUGGUUUCUGUAUGAAUCUGGUGAGGCAUAAAGAAAGGUUGUUCUUUGGUUUCCUUUUCGAUGCAAGUUUGAGGAAUUCAUUCAUAGGGAACUAA